AAAUGAACACUAAAAAGUAUUAUAGUCCAAACUUUAUCAUGCAAUACACACAGAAAAGAAAAUGCGUCAGGUGUCGUCAACCAGUCUGCCGCUGCGCGCUGACGCUGUACCUCGCGUACCACGGGUUGAGCGCCUCUGACUUGCUGUCCCUAAAUAGGGUCAGGCUACAGACGACACGCACGCCCCUGUUCAGGUACAACGGGUACAACGAUCGCCCGUACCCGCUCGAGUAUACGUCCCCGUAUGGGCCCAUAGAGAAGCCAAGUGGGUUGACCCCAAACGAUAACGUCCAGAAAUCGCAUACAAACGGUGUGGCCCCGAAACUGUACCCAAAUGGGAACACACAGAAGCCGUACAUAAAAGAGUACGUAAAACCGAAAUGUUCUAGUAGGGCGAUAUUGAAAACGACGUCCUCAAAUGAGUACUUACUAAAGGCUCCGCCAAAAAUGUCUUUACACAGCAACUUGAAAAAACAACGUGGAAUAUAAUGUUAAUAAUACUUGUAGUGAAUGUAUUUUUAUUAUGACUUAAGACUUAAGAGA